UUCAGAGUCCCGGGCAGCGCGGCGCAGGCCACUCGAUAAAGCGGAGGAGGAGACGGCGGUCCGUGCGGUUUGAGCUCAGGAUCUCAGGAGGGGAACAUGUGAGCAGGGAAUGGGUGACUGGAAACAGGAUUAUUGCUCUACACAGCAGAGAGACGCAGGAGGGACCCGGGACAGAAGAGACACUGGGACACUGUGACAACUCCGUGGAUUUCCUUCCCUCCUUCUGAUAUUUUACGCGUCAGAGAAAAACGGUGGAUUGUCUGACCAAAGAUGAACACCAUCGUCUUUAACAAGUUGAGCAGCCAGGUUCUGUUUGAGGAGAAAGCGAAGGAGGUGGAAAUGAGCAGCAGAAAUUAUCUAGAAGUGAUCGACGGACAGCAUCCAGACCUCCUCUCCAGCAACCAGACCAUCAGAGACAACCAGGCGAUCAGACACCGGCGGAGCGGGGGUCGUCCCAGUGGUGGUAAAGUCCGACACAAACGUCAGGCCCUGCAGGACAUGGCGCGGCCGCUCAAGCAGUGGCUCUACAAGCACAGGGACAAUCCCUACCCCACCAAGACAGAGAAAAUCCUCCUGGCACUCGGCUCCCAAAUGACGCUGGUUCAGGUGUCCAACUGGUUCGCCAAUGCCAGGAGGCGACUGAAGAACACAGUGAGGCAGCCAGACCUGAGCUGGGCGCUCAGGAUCAAGCUGUACAACAAAUAUGUUCAGGGGAAUGCAGAGAGGCUGAGCGUUAGCAGCGAUGACAGCUGCUCAGAAGAUGGGGACAACCCUCAGAGGACACAGAGUAGCCCCGAGGAGCUCAACAAGCCCAUGUACCAGAGUGUGAUCAAGAAGGAGGGCUCCUCCAUGGUGGGGAUGGCCAUGGGCAUGGGCAUGAGCAUGGGUAUGGGCGCGGGGCUGCGUUCGGCCGCCGAAGCCGCCUCACUGGCAGAGGACUACGUGUCUCCACCCAAGUACAAGAGCAGCCUGCUGCACCGUUACCUGAAUGACUCGCUGCGCCACGUCAUGGUGGCCAACGCCGUCAUGGACGCUCGAAAGAGAAACCACUCCGGCUCUUUCAGCUCCAACGAGUAUGACGAUGAGCUGCUCUCGCCGUCCUCCUCUGAGGCUGAGGCGAACUUUGUUUAUCGGGCUGAAACCACAGAGCAUGGAUCAAGUAAAUGUGACAGCUCGCUCAUCAGCAGCAGCGGUGGCCCCAGAGCCACACAGAAAGAAAAGGCGAAAGGCAAAGACGAGACAUACUGGAAGGAGAUCAACGCCGCCAUGGCCUUGACCAACCUGGCACAGGGGAAGGACAGUGCCUCCGGGACCACCAGCUGCAUUAUCCAGAAGUCCUCUCAUAUAGCAGAGAUCAAGACUGUCAAAGUGCCGCUGGUGCAGAAAUAUUAGCCUGGACGUCGUCCUCCCGUCCCCUCUAUGCAAACCAGCAAACAUUCCUGUUUCAGCAAACUCACCAGAGUCCAAAUAAACUCCCCCCUCCCCACCCCAAAAUGAAAAGAACUGUUGUUUAGGGAGGGUGGUCGUGGGGUGGGGGUAUUUGAAGUCAGGAAGUGUGAGGCAGAAAAAGAACUUUCAUUCUUUUUGGUUGUUAUUGAUGUCUGAAAAAAAAGGUUCAUAAGAGGCCUUGGCUAUCUUCUCUUUUGCGAGUACUAGUUUUAGCAGCAGUAUUUCCUUAAAAAAAAAAAGAAAAAAACUUUUGUAAUGUUAACUUAUUUUUUUUCAUGUUUUAUUUUUUAUUUCUUCUUUUUUUAACGCUACAAAUUGAGUCUUUUUGCCAAAGUGCCUUUGUUGUUUAGACAAAUAACUCACUGACUGUGGUCGAUGUGGAGCACAGAUACUGACGUGCCUCUGGAACACUUUUUUAGGGUCCCAGUCAUGAUUCAGGAUUCAGGAUUCAAUUUGUGAAUGAAAAUUCCCAGCAACAGCAUGUGCCUUAAGGGCUGAGUGAGCUCAGCAAUCCGAGGCGCCGACGAACUCGAGUGGCACACACUUGUACGGGUGCGCACUGGGCUUGGGAAAAUGCCCGGUGUGAAUCCUCUGAAGGCAUUGUUCUUGUUUUGACUGGAGUCUUCAUUUUGACUGUAAACUGAACUCUGUCCCAGUCCCAGCCACGUCGAUGGCGGGCCAACAGCAACUGCUGGCUACGCAGAUAAGCAGCCAGCUCGCUCCUCCUUGUCCACAUCUCGGCCUUGGAUUUCAUUAACCAGCGAAGGAUUCCUUUCUUAUCGUGGCUUUUUACUUGCUCAAAUGUGCACAUGACACUCAGCUGGACCCAAAUGAAGACGCGGUGACAAAGAUAUACGCAUUAGAGGCGUGCUUUAAGGCUCAGUGGAGGAAUGCCAUGACCUAAAAGGGAUGUUUUUGCUUUGCAUUAUCAGUGUUUUAUGCGGACACUGUUGCCUUUUCACGUCUGCGCUCAGAACAAGAUGGUCUAGUAUGAGAAAAAAAAGCCACCGCCACAAGCACCCCCAGCCUUUUGAUCCUCAGCCCUCUCAGCUGUUUAGCAUUACAUUCUAAUUGCUGUUUACAAGGAGCCAGAGGACAGGCUUAAAAGUUUGACUUUCUUCCCCUUUGCUCCGUUUUUUUUACCCCUGACUUCAAAAAUACAUUUCAGUAUUAUCUUUUCGUCGGCCAAGCAAGUAUUUGUUAUUGUCCGUCUGUGUGUGUGUGUGUCUGUUUUGUUCUUGAUCAAAACUCAGUUUCUCUUAAGCAUCAAGCGCUUCUUCUGUCAUCCAAUGGAAAGAAUCUAGAAUGUACUAAUGUACGGUGCAUAUGUUAGAAACGUUUGGGGGGACCGAUGCCAACUUCACAAACAGGGGAAUGAAAUUGAAGUCAAUGGGAGAAGUUGAAGUUGGCUCUCUGUGCUGACUUUUUAAUUUUAUGUAUAUCUUCAAGGUACUGUUUAUAUGUGUCAAAAUGUACACUCCUUCAGAAAUUGUGCAGUUUUCCUUCUUUUUUUUGACAAACCCAGACUGUGCAUCUGGUCAAGGACUUUGAGAGGGAGUGAAGCUGCACAAAGUAACUUUUUGACCUUUUUAUGUGUCUUGAAUGUGCAAACUGUUUAAAAAAAAAAGCUGCACUUACAGUUUUCAGUGGAGGUGUUUUUACAUAAAAAUGAAUGGAAGUAAAGAGAAAUGAAGGACAACUCUAUGUUAUUCCUGUUAGUGUGACUAUGGAAGUAUUAUGGAAUGAAUCGCACUAGCCACUCCCCAGGCACUAUUUGCUUAUGCAGGUGGGGGGGCUCCCACAUGUGUUUUUUAUACACCUGAUCCAGGCAGGGUGGCUGCGGGGUACCAUCGGACCCGCUCCUUGUGUUUCUAAUCGCACUUCUGAACCUCUGGGCCGCUCGUGACCCUCACACCUCACACAAUACCCGCUUUCUGGGAAGAGGCAGAGCAAAAGGACGGAGGCUUCAGAGACAACAAAGAUGCCUUUGUUGUUCCUACCUGCC